GCAUAACCGCAACACAAGUUGCACAUAAACACAUUAACACCCUUCGACUGCAUCGUCAGUUUACAAGCAUAGCUACAGCUUUAGGCAUCAGGGGCGACCUGAGAUAUACACAUUAGCUCCGAAACGACGCCACACUUAGCAAGAUGGCCGGGGACAGAGCGAUGACCAACUUGGCGGGUCGCGUUCUUGCGGUUGUGGUGGUGGAAAUAUGGUGGAUGUUGAGGAGCGUGGAGGCGACGUCGUACGUGGUGGGAGGCUCCACUGGCUGGAGCACUCCGGCAAACGGGGCCUCCUUCUACUCCAGCUGGGAGAGCGGCAUCACCUUUCGUGUCGGUGAUGAUUUAGUCUUCAACUUCAUCGAUGGCCAACACAGCGUCGCUGUCGUCUCACAGUCGGACUACAACAACUGCAACACCGCUUCUCCAAUCCAACUCUUCAGUAAUUCGCCGGUGAACUACAUGCUCAACACCACCGCGACCGUCUACUUCAUAUGUACCCACGACUCUCAUUGCUCGCAGGGCCAAAAGUUGGCUGUCACAGUUGGCACCGCUGCUCCGCCUGGCACCAUCACUCCUCCGCCACCCCCGCCGCCUCCGCCGCCUCCAGGCAGGUCCGGCACAGGGUAUCUGUACAUCUCAGGCCGUGUCAUAUUUGCUUCUAUGGCCAUAUAUUUUCUCGUGAUGUAGCUGCAGUACUGGGGUUAAUUGGCAAGGACUACUAUAUUUGUGCGAAUAAGAUUAUUGUCCUGGCGAGUGUCGUGAUGUACCUACUACGUUUUGUCAUCUUCUCUCCCUUGUUGAUGAGAAUAAAGCUUGCUUAAUUUCGAUGUUAA